UUGUAAUCAGCUUGUUUUAUUAGCAAAACCUCAUUUUCGUUUCCAUUAGUUUCACGAGUUAUGUUAGUCCAACAGUAGAACAUUUUGUGAGUUUGACAAGAUUGCAAAUGCCUUCAGAAUUUUGCCUGAUAGUUUUAGUGUUUGUGUUCCAAGCGAUAAUUUGCUCACGGCAAGAGAAGUGCGCAGUCUUAGAGUUUUACCCUUCGGAAGAAAAUGUUUUUUUGGUCCCGGAAAACCAAUUUGUCACUGUGACCUUUGGGAUGAACAUUUCUGUCUGUAACAACUCCAACACAACAUACAAAGUGAUAGUGCAGACCUUAACAAACAAUGGGAGUCUCGAGUACGAUGGGACAAUUGUUUACCUGACAGACACCUGUGUCAGCAUCCAGCCCAAAGCUGUUCGUUGCAUCACUUCCACUGGCCCUGCCGAGCUGAACAGACGAGUGAACAGAACUCACGUAGGCAUCAGAUGGGAAUGGCAAUGGAAGGACGCCAUGUUUAAUAAUUUUACGACCAUGUGGAAAGAGAUCAAGAUGAUGGUGGCUCACCCACCCAGAGUCACACACCUGACCAUCAACGGACAGGAUGUCAACGGCAGCCAUCUUUUGGAAGAAGGUCAAAAGGUCAAUAUUUCCUGCUCCUUUGACAAAGGGAUUCCUCCAGCCCACUUUCGUCUUCUAAAUGAAGAUGAAACUGAAAUAAAAGCCAACAGAGAUGAACACCAUUUGAACAUUUCUCUGACUGCCAGCUGCGAUCAAGGCUGGUCAUCUGUUCGUUGUGAAGGAAACUCCUCUGAAAAUAACAAAUCUGUUUCUUUGCUUGUGAUGUGUCCUCCUCAGAUUAUUGAGUUCAUUGACUACGGAACACGUGAUCACUGGAAGUUCAGAGUCAAAGCUCACCCCACAGCAGUUCAGAAAUGUGUUCUAACCCCGUCCUCACUGGGUGGGAAUAAAAAGAAGGAUGUGAACUGCACCCUGACUGGUACCCCACCAAAUCUCCUGUUGACCCUUUAUAUUGACAAGGAGGAGAGCUCAAAGAGUAGACAGUGGGCGUUGAUGCUUUUUACUGAAAAAGGUUCGUCUGACAUGUUCGUCUUCAGCACAUCUUCCAGCGCAGUCCUGGAAUUUUACCAUUUGCAAGACGACACUUUGUCUAUCAUGGAAAACCAUCAUGUGAAUGUAACAUUCGGGAUGAACAUCUCGGCCUGCAGUCAGUCCAGUACCCUGUACAAAAUAACAUCAACAGAGAUCAGUUCGUUGCACCACGUCCACCGGUCCUGCAGAACUGUACAGGAGAGUGAACAGAACUCACACACAAAUCCUGUGGGAGUGGAUGUGGAAGGACUCCGUGCUCAAUAAUUUUACGAUCAUGCGAAAAAAUGUCGAACUUCUUGUAGCGUACCCACCAAUAGUCAAAAGCCUGACUGUAGAUGGACACGAAGUUGACGGUAACUAUAUCAUUGAGGAGGAUCAGAAGGUCAACAUUUCCUGUUCAUUUGAUCACGGAAACCUUCCAUCCAACCUUCGGCUGUCGGACGAACACGGAAGAGAAAUAAAAGCCUACAGAAGUGAACGACAUCUCAAUGCUUCCUUUACAGCAAGCUGCAACCAAGACUGGACAUCUGUUCGUUGUGAAGGAAACUCUUCAGAAAACAGCAAAUCUGUUUUUUUCUGGUCAAAUGUCGUCCUCAGUUUAUUGACAAAGCUCCAGAAGUCAUUGACUACGAAUCACACGAAGGUUGGAAGUUCAGAGUAAAGGCUUAUUCCACAAAAUUCAAAAAUGUCUUCUGGCCUCAUCCGUGGUAGGCGAGAAUAAAAACAAAGAAGUGAACUGCACACUGACCGGUAGUCCCCCCAGUAUGGUGCUGACCAUUGUUGUGGACAAGGAGAAUGUUCACAGAGUGGACACUGGGCCUUGACUGUGUUUAAUGAGAAAGGUUCUUCAGACAUGUUAGUCUUCAGCGUGUCGUCACGUUGCACCCUGACGAGCAGGUGGAAAGCAGAUCCCUGGCUGUAACAGUCAGCUUUUCUCAGAAAGCCCCAAGCCUGUAAUAGCAGACAUUUUCGAACAAACUGCACAUCGUAGUGUUACACUAGAACAGUCUGUCCGGCCUGAGCCUUUUCUGUGUACCUGUGUUUACCGGCUGUCAUAAGUACAGGAGAGAUGAAGAAUUAUAUCAUCUAUAUUUGGUUGGAGGAACGAGACCAGGAAAAGCAAGUGACACGGGAAAACUACCAGAGGGUUCCAGUUUCCCUUAAAAUUUGCAGAAGAUGUAGAGCAUCUUGAGUAGGAUCUGAAGACAGACUCCGAAAAAGGACACGCUUAGUAUGUGCUCUGGAGUGGAGAAAGAAGUAGAGGACGAGCAGAGCUGUACAACUUUUCACUUACAUUUGCCUGUGUAUUUCUUGUACAAAAACCUGUAUACAUUAAGUUUGUUUUUUUUUUUACUAAAUCUGGAUUUAUGUAAUGAUAUAAUACUUUGGUAUAACUAUCAUGUUGUCAUCAUUUAUCAGUGAGGUUAUGUUAACAUUUAUUAUCAGUCUCUCUUUUAAUACUUUCCAAAAUUCUUAAAUAUUGUUUAAAAUGCGUUUAAUGGUUUCCUUUUCUUGGUUACAAAAGGUAUAUAAGUUAUUUAAAGUUUUAUAUAUUUUAAAAUAUUUGUAGCUAAUACCAUAAGCACAAAUAUAACCUGGAACCAUUAUAUUUAAUUUCAUGGAUUUUAUUUAUUUUAAUGAAUGCUCUAUUAAAGUUUAAUUCGUUCUGCAGUACUUUGAAUUUUUUGACAGCAAUUUGCUUCAUACUUACCAUUUGAUAUAUUGUAAUAGAUUUUAGAACCUUUUCUGUUGGAAAAUAUUAGUGUUAGGAAAACUGCAAUUUAAUUGUGGUUUUGGCAAUAGAUACAUUAUUUUGCUUUAAAUAUAAUUUCGCAGCUUCUACAGCACUCAUAGUCGAAUAGAAAAUGUUGCAUUAACAUGUCAUGAGACGACAUUUGUCUGCAAUAAAAAUGAGUGUCAGUGAGAAGUGUUGCUGUGCAAGAGGUGUCAUUUUUUAGUAUAUUUUUAUUCACCUUGUAUUUUAUCUUUAUUUGUGCUCACAUUUUGAUGAUAAAGCAUUUUCUCUUAAAAAAAAUUCAGUGA